AAAGCAAAAUUUGACAUUCGUACAUGACAACAUAAAACAUCGGGCACUAUUCAUAAGUUCCAUUGAAUGUAAUUGAACCCUUCAUUACAUUGAAAAUGGCACGAAGACGACUGGAAGCUGCUAUCCAAGCAGGAAGAGCCAUUGAAAAGAGUGAAGAAGGAUUGUUCAGUGACUUGAAGAAUAGCAUGGAGAUUAAAAUCAACGAGUAUUAUAUGGGCGUGUACAGUCUUCAGUUCUCAUUGGACGGUUCCGCUCUUGCUGUCGGCUGUGGCAAUGGUGCCAUCAAUUUAUACAAUAGCUCUACUGGAGAAAUGACUAGGAACUUAAACAAGGGUACCAAGUCAGGACUUCCAAUUAUGAGUUUGAAUUUCCACCCAUUCAAACACGACUUAAUGGUGUCCGCUGAUUGCGAUGGUAACAUAAAGUUGUGGAACAUAGACACCUGUAAAAGUAUGGCAGUCAUAAAUGAGAGAAAAAAUGAAAUCAAUGCCUUAGACUUUAGUUCAAGUGGGGAAGCAUUUGCUACCGGAGGAAAAGACUUAUCACUUAGAAUCUAUGACACAGAAAGAAAUGAGUUAUCAAGGAUCUAUGAGGGUUUAAAUUCUAUAAAUAAUAUUGUUGAGAGCCAGGGAGACUGUGGCCAUGGCAAAAGAAUCUUUGCUCUAAAAUUUCACCCUGAUGCUGACCGCAUAUUUUUCAGUGGAGGCUGGGAUGAUUGUAUCAAGAUUUGGGAUAGCAGGACAUCCAAUGGUGUACAAGGUACUAUUCCAGGACCUCACAUUUGUGGCAGUGGCUUAGAUGUAAAGGAUGGUAAAUUACUGACAGCAUCGUGGGUCAACAGAGAUGCGCUGCAGAUUUUUGAUUGGUCAUCUCGUAAAUUAGAGUCCACAAUUCCGGUGGAAACUGAUGAAUCGUCCGGCGAAUACCUUUACUCUGCUCAGUUCUGCGAUAACAACGUUGUCAUUGCUGGUGGAAGCGGUACAAACAACGCACAGGCAAUCAGCAAAAUAUCUGGCAAGGUUUUAGGGAAAGUUGAUUUGGGUGGUAAGCCUGUACAGGCAUUGGAUAGCACACAUGGAGGCCGGUUGAUUGCAGUUGGUGGAGGAGGCACCUCUUUGAAGUUAGCCCAGCUUGUGUAGGCCUAAAGAAAUGGUCAGUACAGAAUGGAAAAACUAGAGCUAAAUCCAAAAUAUGUUUACGAUCAACAUGUUUCUGCAGUCUUCAGAGUUCUAAAGCCCUGUCCAAACUAUCACAUAGUAUUUUGACAAAAACAUGUGACAUGCCUAAAAUAUGUUCAUGAUGACAUCAUAUCAUGAUCAUAUAGGCACAUCAUGACAAUUAUAUUGGCAUACAACAGUUUUUUUGGUUUUUUUUCAGAGAAAAUUUGAUAGGGUGUACAGGCCUUUAUGCAGCUACUGUCUUCUUGGAAAUAAUUUCAAACAUUUCUUUGCUUUACUAGAUACUAUGCAUUGCUAUCUUGCCAAUUGUAGAGAAGUUUUCAUUAAUAUUGUUGUUGUUGAAGCUCAUAAAAAUUAAUUUCGUCAACCUUCUGUUGAAAAAUAUUUGGAUAUUUUUAUCAUUUUUGUGAACAGAGUCUUUCAUACAAAUGAGUUGAUACACUACAGUAUCAUUUUGUUUUAAUGUAUUUGAGCAAUAUCAGUAGAAUGUGUUGGUGAAUCAUCAUAUGUAUGAUGUUGUGGAACAAUCGGAAAAACAUUCUAAGUUAACCAUCUGUUGUGUAUAUUUCAUCAAUCAAUUUAAAAAAAAUACUCUUGCUGGACAUACUGCAAGUUCCCAUUAUUGGAGAAACCAUAUUGAUGAAAUAAUUAUGUUUGGUGAACCAACUGUUGUGAUGUUUUUGCGGGAACUUCAUUGUUUGAUUAUUAGUGUUGGAUCAUCAUUGGUGGAUCAAUAACUAUAAAACAUUUACAGUGAAUGAAUGUUUUGUCAAACUUUAUUGAUGAAACAAUAUAUUUCGGACAUUAUUGAUGAACCAACAUUGGUGGAAUUUAAAAUGUUGAUGCAGCGAAAGAGUGUAGUUUCAACCCCUUGCUGUGCAUUAUACUUGUGGCUGUGAGUGAGACACUAUCUGAAUUGUGUCUAUUCACCCAGAGGUUUAAAUGGGUAUCUGGUGGGUAUUAGCAGCAACCAUGUUGACCAAAUGACUUGAAAACAAAAAAGCGCUUUGCAUCUGAAAAGGCAGUCUAUAAAUAGACAUAUAAAAUAAAGUUUUAAAAUAAACAUUGCUAAACCAACGUUGGUGGAAACAUCAUUGCUAUACAACAUUUUGGAAAACAUUGAUUAAACAUUAAUGGAUUCAAAUGCCUUUGAUGAACUAAUCGUGAUGAACUUAUCUUGGUGAAAUAUUGAAGAACAUUGAUGGACAUCACUGUUUGUUGAUAAAUCAUAAAUAUAUCAUCUUUUGACAGUGAAAUAACUUUAAUGGAACACCACUGAUGAGUAAAUAUUGACAUAUACUGUUGAAGAAUUAUUAGGUGAACCAUGGAGGUAUUACCUACAUGGUUGAACCAACAUGAAUGUUGAAACAGAUCAUAGUGAACAGAUAUAGGGUUCACUAAAGAUAAAUUGAACAUUAUUUUGCUAAGAUCAUUAUUGAACCAAAAUUGGUACACAUGCAACCUUAUUUGUGAUUGGACCAUUAGUGGUGAUAGAUUUGAUUUUAGUGCUUUCUUUAUUAAAAUCUGCACAGUUUUCAGAGGAUUUUGAUGUAUUGUAUAAUGUUCUACCAUAGAUUUGUUAUUAGGUCUAUAUGAUUUAACCUAUUUAAAAUAUUAUCUAAUCUUACUUUUCAUUCCGUCCAAAGUAAUCAAGCUGGUUAGCAGCAAUUAUACAAUAUAUAAACACGCCAUAAUCUUGUUUACAUUAGUUUGUACUUUCUCAAGUAACUAUUUGUUGGUAUGGUAACUGAUAUCCAAUAAUGUAUAUAAGAUACAGUAAGAUAUUAAGAUAUGAUCUUAAUAUAAGAUCUUCAGAUAAGAUCCUAUAAUUCGAUACUUAUGCUGCAUUAUACUUCAGUAAUAUCAUAAAUUCAGUAUUGUGCAUAUUAUUCGCCUUCUUUCAUGAUAAGCAAUAUAAAUUCAAAGGAUAAUUUAAAUACUUGAGAUAUUGAAAUGUGGAAAUAAACAAGUUAGGAAAAUGGUGAAAAAAUGUUCUUUGUUUUACAUUCCUCCUUUUAUAAUACUGGUUGUUGUUCUAUGUCUGAACUUAAUGGUUUAAUAUUUUUAUAUUGAAUAUCCCAAUACACGUUCCCCCUUUUAACUGAUAUUACUGUUAAAAAAGUGUAUGGUGUACUACUUUAAAAUACAGCAAUAAGCAAUAUAAAUUAGACAAAUAUACAAUACAUUAAACUGUAGAUUCGUUACAAAGUACUGUAUUUGUAAUUGACCUAACAUAUAAGUGGUUGCCAUAAAGUAUAUUAACAACAAAAUGUUUUUAUGAAAUGUUUAACAGUUUAUAUAUAAUUUUUGUGAUAUAAUAUAAGUGUUUGUCAUAGUUGUAUAAUCUUGUUUUUAUUAGUAAGUUUAACUUGCUCAAGUCGAAUCCAACGAGGCAUUGAAAAAUUAGAUAAAAUUCGACUUACAGAUCGUUAAUUAAUGUAAAAUACAACAAUGUGGUAUGUGAAAUAAGAUCGACUUAGAUAUUAUUCGAGUUAUGCAUUAUACAUGAAAGUGUUUGGUUGUAUAUAUAGUAUACAAUGUGUACAUUGUGGUCUAACAGUUUACAUCGGUGGUUCAUUGUUACAGUAUUUACCAGCAAUUAUAUAAUUGUGCUUGUUAUUAUAAUUAAAAUUAUAUAGCUUUCAAAUAUAUAAUUUAUGUACGUGUAGUUGUCUACAUGUAUUGUUUGCAUGUGGUUAUGAAUAAUUAAAAAAAAAAACACGUUGUGAUUGAUGACCUUUACGGAUUGUCCGAACUUAACAAUUGAAUAAUCAGAGCAGGCCAGAGACACGCACUUUUUCCACAAACGAUAUUAGCUUACGCACGUUUAUGCUGUCGAAGGGCCUAAAAACAACAAUUUUGAAAGGAUGGUGUUUAGUGGAAUGGUUCAUUCUGUGGUAAAGGUAGAUUCGGCCUGGAUAAUGUGAUUAAUGUCGCCAUCACGCACCUGAUUAAGAAAUGUUCAUCUUUGGUUGCGUUUAUUUUGUGUUUGUAUACGAUAAGAGAUUCGUUCUAAUGUAAACACGUUUACAUUCUUGAUGUGAUACAUGAUGUAAACAUAGUGAAAAAAAUUGCAUUUGUGAUAUUUUUUUGCAAACACAGUGGCGGCGCCUGUGGGGAUUCAGUGGUCACCCCUUCCCCUCCCCGAUCGGAGAAUAAGUCGCAUUACGUCGGCGGGGAACAUUGCUUUGUAAUAUUAUUUUUUACAGUCUGACGGUGCCAUUUCGGCGGUCAUCUAGAGGUGCUUAUCACCUGAGCCAAACCAUCGUGGGGUAAGGUGGGUGUGGGACCCCUUCAGGGACAUCCCUCGUCGGGGAAUUUGUGCCGCCGCCACUGUUAAGACGUACUUAAUAUGAUGAUCUUAAGAUGUUCAUAAUAUUGACAUUAUAAGAUGACGGUAUCAGACAGCUUCAUCCUUAACCUUUUGAUGUAGUUCUCUUAUUUACGCCACAUUACGUGAUGAUAAAUAGCUAUCAUAGACAAGUUAUUGUUGCUCUCGAUCGUGUUAGUGUAUUUUUAGAAGUAUGUUAUUCACCAUAGUACGCAUGCAUUAAUCACUGCUAGCCAUUUUUGUAUACUUUGUUUUAUUAAGGUUUUGUCAACGUCAUAUGUAAACUUUCAUAUGAAUUUUUAAAGUUACAAUGUGCAAUAGCAUCAAUUAUUUUACGGUUCCAUCUGAUUACGUGUUCAAAAUUAAAAAUAACUCUUUUAAGUGUUGCCAACAUUUCACUUA